AUAAAUUCGAUUCAUUUCUGGAAAAUCAUUCAUAGUGAGAGUGUUAAAACGAAUUUGAAAGUCGACAAACUUGAAGGUUAGACAUAAUGAGGUUGCUGUUAAUUGUUUUUGUCGCAUUUUUCGUGCGUGCAAAUAGUGAAACAUUUCCGCUGCCACUGACCAGUACGGAAGCAUCAACUAGGAAUAGUGAAACUAUUACCGAAAUUUUUCCUGUUGUGGCAACAACAACUGUGUCAACGGAUGCUCAAGUGAAAAAUACAUCACCUACAGAAAAUGCAAGUGCCUCGGACGAAGUGUUGAAUGUGGCAAAUACAGCAACAGCAACAGCAAUUGCAAUCGCAGAGCGUGAAAGCGAUAGUGACAAUGGAUCUUUCGAUAAGAGUGAACUAUCAUCAAGUUAUGCCAGUUAUGGCCCAGCAGCUGAGUUACCUCCCAUUUCCUAUGAUAGGCCAGUCAAAGUUCAACAAUAUGGUAACGAUGCCGGCGGCUACGGAGGACCGCUAAAUUUCCAUAGUGGCUGUGCAUGUGUUUGUCCGCAGCAAUCAUAUGGUCAAGUGACAUUUUGUUUUUUUUCCAACAUUAGCUUCAGCUUAUGUACCACCAGCUCCAAAACCAUACACACCUCCUUCAUCGGCUGCUUAUACUGUCCCAGCGGCUCCUCCUGCAGUCUACAUGCCUCCGACUGUCCCGGUUUAUCCACCUUCACCACCAAAAGCGUACACACCUCCUCCAUCUGCUUCUUACACUAUUCCGACUGCUCCAGUAUACAGUGUUCCUGUGCCACCAAAAGGUAUGUAAAAUGCUCAGAAAACGCGUUUUCAUCCAACAUUUUCAUCAAAACUAUUGUAAUAUUCCCAAUUUUCAUUCUAUUAACAGAAAAUCCACCUGUUUAUCAACCAGCUAUCCCGUAUUCACCGCCAAAAGCGUACUUACCACCUGUGCCAGCUCCAAAAGCCUUCAAAUACAAUGCACCACCUAAGGAGGCUUACAUGUACCGAAUGGCCGAUGAUGAUGAUGACGAAUUAGAGGAUUCUAUACCUAACGAAGCGCACAGUCGGUCAUCAUAUGCUCCUAAUCCAUCGUAUCCACAGCAACAGCCACCACCAGUUUACGCAGCACCUUCUUAUGUGCCUCCACAAUCAACCUAUGUACCAUCAAAGACGACACAUGAAGUUCCGAAGCCAUUCUAUGUCAAUCCAUCGCCUGCAAUAAGCUAUUCAUACCCUUCAUCGCCACCUCAAGUGAAUUGCGGUGAAAAUUUGCUCAUUGGAUGUUCGCCCACCGUCACAGAGGCGCCUUGUUCAGCACCAUAUCCAUACUAGAGCUAGCCAAAAUGACUAAUCAAACAACAUAUUUUGCUGAUCCAAUUAAAACGUUUAUAUUUUGUACUAUUUUGUUUUCUUCGUGGAAGAAACACACACACAAAACGAAAUCGAAUAAAAUGCCGAAAACAUAUUUUGGAAAUUAGAGAGAA